CGCCUGGGCCGUUUUUGAAUCUUGACUUCCAACCUUCAUCUAACUGUCGCCGUGUCCUUGUACUAUUACCAAGGAACGUACGCUUCCUCAGAGCGCGAAAUUUAUACAGAGGAUGAAACAGGGCAGACGUUGCCCUGGUGUGAUCUUGGCAUAAUCAGAUUUUCAGUAUAUGGCAGUGCUAUCAGCUACAGUCCUUCCCCCACACCAUGUCUGAACCUGGAGGAUCGACCCGCCCAAUGCCCUCCAAGCAACGCCGUCUGCAAGGCGCCUGCGACAUAUGCAGGCAUAAAAAGAUUCGAUGCGACAGUGCAAAUAUGCCGGGGAACAAAUGCUCGAACUGCGUAGCAUUUGGUUCGGAAUGUACACACAUUGCUGCCAUGGCCAAGAAGGAUCGGAUACGUAUGCAUUAUCAUCCUCCAUCUAUUCCGACUCUACAGACGGACCUACAAGCCCAUAUCAAUGCUAUUCUCUCAUCAAGUGCGCCCUACAACGUUCCCGAUACCCACACCCCAAUCCUAGUGACCCUUGCGCGCUAUGUACGGCAACUUGAGGCCGAGCUUUCUGCGGCCAAGAAUAAUGCAUUGCCGUCUUCUGUGUCCCCUUUUUCCGGCGGCAGCACUGACCCUGCCUCCUCUGACGAAGAACCUGAGAGUCAUGAGUUGACUGAUGCUCUACGUCGCUUUACCAUCAGUGGCCGAAACUGGAGUGGAAAUUUUGGUAAAUCUAGCGGUAUGAUGCUCAUCAAGAGUACCAUCGAGAUGAAGCUUGCAUAUGAUAAGUCUGCACUUACAACUUCAACCUUUCGCCGACCCCAGUUCUGGACAAUCCAUCCAUGGCAGCUUCCGAUGCCUGAGGACCUUCCCCCUCUUAGGUUUCCUCCUCCCGACCUCCUCGAUCAUUUCGUCUCCCUUUUCCUCAGCACAACAAACCUGCAUCUCUGCCUCCUUCAUGGUCCUACAUUCCGCCGUCAGAUAGCCGCUGGAACGCAUUUCAUAUCGCGUAAUUUCGGAAACCUUGUGCUGGGAAUAUGUGCAUAUGCAUCUCGCCACUCGGACGAUCCUCGUGUCGGACCUCUGGAUCAAGCUGGAUGGGAGUGGUAUCUUCAGCUACGACCUAUCCAUAUAUCGAAAUUCUCAAAUCUGACGACGCUCUGGGAAAUUCAGCUUUUGCCGCUGAUAGUUUUGUUUUUGUACGGAACAACGUCACCUCAGGCUUGUUUUGUACUCAUUGGUUUGGGGAUUCGAAUGGCCCAACAUGUUGGAGCCCACAGGAAACGCCAUGCGACUCUCAAAGAAUGGACAGUAGAGGAUGAACUAUGGAAGAGAGUAUUUUGGGUGUUGGUGUGCGUAGAUGUGUUCAUCUCCUCCUUCGACGGAAGGCCACGAGCAACAACUUCAGAGAACUUUGAUUUAGACUAUCCUCUGGAAGUGGAUGAUGAACGUUGGCCAGGAGAGCCACUUGCUGACCCUGAAAAUCCAUGGACUCAACCAUCGGACAAACCCGCUGAUGUCGUGCCAUGGAUAUUAAUCAUUAAACUGCUGGAUAUCCUCAGUUUUGCCCAAGUAACAAUCUAUUCAAUUAAACGCUCUGAAUAUUGGGAUACAAUAUCGACAUCCGAAUGGCAUGAGAACAUCGCCGUCGAACUAGAUUCUGCUCUGAAUAAAUGGAUAGACUCUAUACCUGAUUAUUUACGUUGGGAUCCCCACAAUCCAGACCAAAAACAGUUGGAUCGAUCUGUACUUCUGUACUCCACGUAUUACUGGGUGCAGCUGCAGGUUCAUCGACCAUUUCUUCCGCGCCCUAGUGCGAAGAAGAGCUCUGGAAAGUUGAAGAGAAACUUUCCCGCCCUUGCAAUAUGUGCCAAUGCGGCAAGAUCAUGUAGCCAUAUCCUAGACAUACACUCAAAAAGAGGAGGAAUGGUCUUGCCUAAUAUCUUGAUAUCUGCUUUCCAGUCAGCUCUGGUUCUGCUACUGAACCUCUGGGGUGGGAAUCGCUUGGGACUCUCAGUGAAUCCCGCAAGAGAAGGGGAAGAUAUCAAGAAAUGCCUCUCUGUGCUAGGUGGAUAUGAGUCUCGAUAUCUCGUUGCAGGACGAUAUCGUGACAUCAUAUGCGAGUUGUUUGAGAAUGGCGGUCCAAAUGGUCCAGGCAGUCAACCUGAACAGAAUAACAAGCGUGCUCGUGAUGACAAGGAAGAAGAAUACUUUAAUUUUUCUUCUGAAGCGAAUGCCAGUGAUUGGAUGCCACCACUUCACACCACCGAGCUGAUGGGCGAUUGGCAAUUCCAUCUGCAAGAGAAUGCCGGUUUCUUUGAAGAAGCGCCGUCCUUUUCGUUGGAUGAUUAUAUGUCGGCGAUGGGAGUCGGAGAGGGAAUCCGGGUACCUUCAGAUGCUCAAGCUAUCACUCUGGGGGAUGAUGAUGGCUGGCAAGAUUUCGGAAUGUACAUAACUAACAUGGAUGAGUUCUUAGGAAUGAGGUAGCAGAACGCCUCGUUAGAGCCUCAAUCAAAUUUCUUCUUGGUUUCCGUCAGCAACGUCGUGUAUUUAAGAGAGGCACGUAAAUUGACUCCGAGUCGGAAUAGGUACGCAGCUCCGCCGAAGCCGUCCGUACGCGUUAGCACGGCAGACGGCUGUGGCAGUGUCGUAACCCGGUGCCCCUGAACUCAACUACCAUGGCGAGAGACGAAAGCACUGAACCGCCAGCACCUGGUUCGAAGAAA